GCAGGAGGCGGGGCGGAGGAAGGGGUGCGGUCGGUGCAGCGGGAGCCUCCGCUGGCCCGCGGGGAACCAGCUUCGGAGCAGCAGCGCGGGACGCACACCUGGCUCGCCGUUCUCCGCGCCCGGGCCGCUUCCCGAAUUCCAUUCCCUGGAUGUGAAUCAUUCUCCUGGCAUUUGGCAUCGGAGUCAGCAGGUUAGUGUGAUCUGAACUCAAGGCAAAAGUGGGAUAGCAUGGCAUCUCUCUGGCUGCUGUGUAACCUGGAGGAAUGACACCAGUGAUAUGGCUCCCAGGACAGAAGCAGUGCCCUCAUAUGAGAGAGGAUUGGGGGAAGGUGGGACACCGUGGGACAGUGCGUGAUUAUCCAGGCUUUAGCCCAUCAGUGGAUGCUGAAGCGAUUCGAAAGGCAAUCCGAGGAAUUGGAACUGAUGAGAAAACGCUUAUCAGCAUUCUGACUGAGAGGUCGAAUGCACAGCGGCAGCUGAUUGUUAAGGAAUAUCAAGCAGCAUAUGAAAAGAAACUGAAAGAUGACCUGAAGAGUGAUCUCUCUGGCCACUUUGAGCAUCUCAUGGUGGCCCUCGUGACUCCUCCGGCAGUGUUUGAUGCGAAGCAGCUGAAGAAAUCCAUGAAGGGCGCUGGGACAGAUGAAGAUGCAUUGAUUGAAAUCUUAACCACCAGGACAAGCAGGCAGAUGAAGGAGAUCUCUCAAGCCUACUACACAGUGUAUAAGAAGAGUCUUGGAGAUGACAUCAGCUCUGAAACAUCUGGUGACUUCCGGAAAGCUCUGUUGACGUUGGCAGACGGCAGAAGAGAUGAAAGUCUGAAAGUGGAUGAGCAGCUGGCCAAAAAGGAUGCCCAGAUUCUCUAUAAUGCUGGUGAGAAGAAGUGGGGCACCGACGAAGAUAAGUUCACAGAGAUCCUGUGUCUAAGGAGCUUUCCCCAGCUAAAACGAACGUUUGACGAAUACAGAAAUAUUAGCCAGAAGGACAUUGAGGACAGCAUAAAAGGAGAACUAUCUGGACAUUUUGAAGACCUACUGCUGGCCAUCGUUCAUUGUGCAAGGAACAUACCUGCCUUUUUAGCUGAAAGACUGCAUCGCGCUUUGAAGGGUGCUGGAACCGAUGAGUUUACUCUCAACCGAAUAAUGGUUUCCAGAUCAGAAAUUGACCUUUUGGACAUUCGAGCAGAGUUUAAGAAGCGUUGUGGCUAUUCUCUCUAUUCAGCAAUUAAAUCGGAUACUUCUGGAGACUAUGAAGCCACACUCUUAAAGCUCUGUGGAGGAGAUGACUGAGUCACGAACAUCGUCUGCAAAGGUUGCCUGCUCCCACGAUGGGCUUUCCCAACAGCUCUGCUUCCUUGUUUCUCAAGUGUUUAAAAGUACAAGCAAGUAUAAACAGCAGCCUGUUUUCCUAACAAAUUUUCAUCGUUCCAUAACAACAACAAUGACACAAUUAUUUUAGAGCAUCUCAUCCUAAUGUAGCAGUUUAUUAAUGAAAAUUUAAAAUGAUGUGAAGAAUCUCCUAAAAUUAUAUUUCUGCUUAGGAAGUGAGAAUCGCUGUACAGUUCUAAAAUAUCAAAUGCAAAGCAGGGUAAUAAAAAUUGUUGCCUUUGUUAAAUUGUCUGUUUUUAGCGUCUACUGACAUUGUUGGUACCUGGUGCCAACAACUAAUUAUAUUUUAUAACAUGCUUUUGUUACAGAAGCUGUUGCUGCUUCACUCUAUCUAUUACUGUAUUAAUCACAUUCAUCAUUAAGAAAAGGAAUAAAAAUGAAGAUGUAUGUGA